UACGAUGGGGAUAAUGAUGAUAAGGAUAUUUCAGGAAAGAUCGAAGCAUUGUAUACAUAUGGAAAGAAUGUAAAAGGAAAAGUGACACUUCAAUGUUCUUUAAGAAAUAUCAGAGGAAUGGUGAAUAAGACAUACCAGAUUGAUGGCAGAGUAGCAUUUUCUAUUCCAAUUUCGGAGCUCCUAGCCGUAACUGGAAGAACAGUUAUUCACUAUUACGACAUUAUAUGUAUAGCAGAGGUAAAAGAAGAUUUGACAAAUAUAGUUUUGUCGUCGGAAGAACUUAAAAUACCGAUACAUCAAUACGAUUUUAAGUUGGAAUUCAUGGACGCAUCAGCUGAUAAUCUAAGAGCCGGACUAUCAUACACCGCAUAUGUAAAGGCAUCGAGGCCCGAUGGUUCACCUCUUGGUGUUGGACAUAAUGAGAGAAUCUCAUUUUACGCAACAACGAACCACAAUCGAUUUUUCGGCCGAUAUGUCAAACCGACACCGACAACAGUUGAAAGUGAAUAUCGCAUUCCCGACGACGGUGUUGUAGUCAUCACUAUUACAAACAUCGACAUGGACAUCGACACACUGGAUUUAAGGGCUGUGUUGGUAAGCAAUACUAGGAUUUCUGCCUACAAAACUGUUGAUAAAUUUCACACUGAAACGAAUAAUGGAAUUCAAAUCAGCCUCGUCACAGAUUUGGAGGAAGUAAAGGCGGGGAUGAAUGCAGAGUUCAAGGUCAGAUCAACUAAGGCCAUAACAGGAUUUAAAUAUAUUGUUAUUGCUCGUGGGAAUAUCAUUGAAGUAGAUGAAGUGAGCAUGUCAGGCAAAGUUGCAACGUUUAGUAUUGAAGUCACUUGUCUUAUGGCACCCACUGCCCGGAUCAUCGUCUUCUAUAUUGAUAAAAGUGAAGUCAUUGCUGAUAGCUUGGAGGUCAAGGUCAAUUGUGCAUGUAAGAAUGAUGUUACAGUGCGAUUUAACAAACCUCAGACAAAACCUGGUGAAGAAGUGACAGUCGACGUCACGGCAACAAGUGGAUCUUUUGUAGGAAUACUUGCUGUAGACCAGAGCGUUCUUCUCCUGAAGACAGGAAAUGACAUCACACAGGCUGACGUGCUAAGUGAACUGGGCUCAUAUGACACAUCAGAGGAUAAUACUAA